UCUGGAAUCAUGCCUCUGUCAGGAACACCAGCUCCACCCAACAAGAGGAAAAAGCUCUCCAAGAUCAUCACUGACCUGUCACACAUAACCCAAGAUGAGUAUGAAUCAGAGCCUGAGGCCUCAGAAUUUGACUUGGGGAAAAAGAUCAGGGCACCCAAGGAUAUCAUGCUGGAGGAACUAUCCCUAAUGAAGAACAAAGGCUCCAAGAUGUUCAAGAUGAGGCAGAUUCGUGUGGAGAAGUUCAUCUAUGAGAAUAAUCCUGACCUCUUCAGUAGUGAGUCCAUGGAUAACCUCCAAAAGUUCGUGCCCAGCCUAGGGGGCCAGAUGAUGGAUGUUGGUGGCCGCCUGAUUGGUGGACAGAUGGCUGGCCAGGCUGGUGGAGCUGGCCAAGCACCAGUGCCUCCUCCUAAACCCGGAAGCUAUGGAAAGGAAGCAGGGGGUGGGCUGCAAGCAGGUGGGCUCGCUGGAGGUGCCGGAGUGGCAGGAGGAGCAGGGGGGAAGGAUGGUGUGUCAGGAGAUGCCUCACGGAGUGAGGAACGUUCUAAGGCUGCUUUGGAAAAAGCAAAAAAGAGGGCCGCAUAUGUGAAUACAUACGUUUCCCCUUGGGAACGGGCUAUGAAGGGCAAUGAAGAACUUGUAGCCACAAUGAAGGGUCAAAUGCCAGGACCCUGCCCUCAAAAGGAGCUGCGCAAAUAUAAGUGCUUCAACAGGAGUGCUCUGCCUUAUGGAGGUUUUGAGAAGGCCACACAGCUGAUGACCUUCCAGCUGCCAGACAUCGAGGUGGCCACUGAGGAGCCUGAACCGGCAGUGGUGUACCAUCAUGAUAUCGGUUCACGACCCUCUUUCAACCGCACACCCAUCGGCUGGGGGGGCAGUGGUGAACCAGGCAGCAUUCACAUGGAGUUGGAUACUAUACCAUUUGAUGGGGAGACUGACGACCUGUGAACCUACAACCCUAAAAAAAAAAAAAAAAAUGUAUACCUGUCCUAAUUACCCUGCACUCUAAUAACCA